AUGCGGAGGGAGGAAGGGGGAUGCUGCCCCCCAAAAGGGGUGGGGACCUCAUUAUACCGCUGCGUGUGCACCUUGGGGCUCCCCGUGCUGCGAGAGCCGGUCCCCCCACGCUCCCCCUUUGCUGACUGUGCUGGGUCUGUCUGUCUGUCUGCCCCAGGCUGUCUGUUUGACCGGAAGCUGUGUUCCCCACAGGAGGUGUGUGUGCAAGAUGGGCUGUUCGGGCAGUGCCAGGUGGGCUCAGUGCAGGACAGGCCCCACUUUCAGGUCACCUCCCCCGUGCUGCAGCGCCUACAGGAUGUCCUGCGGCACCUCAUGGCACAAGGGCUCUCGUGGCAGGAUGGCAUCACACAGUACGUAAUCUCACAGGAGAUGGAGCGCAUCCCCCGCCUCCGCCCACCAUCCUCGCUGGAGUCCUCACCCAGGGACAGGUCCCUGCCUGUGCGCAGCUCCCCCCGACGCACCCCACUGCCCAUGGCCCCCAGCCUGCCUGCAGCCCAGCACCUGGGGCAGCCACCACAGCUGCUGCCCUCAGGCCUGGCUCAGCGCUACCUGGAGCACCUUCUGCUGCCCCCGCCGCCCCAGCUGGGCUACGAAGAGGCUCUGCUGCAUCCCUACUCCUACCACAAGUUUGGCUACCAGGACACCACACACCAGCUCCCAGGUGGUUCGGCCAGGCAGGGUCCCGAUGCUGCCUCGCUGUUGGUCCGCGGCCUGUAUGGGGCUGGCCCCAUGCCCUCCUACAGCGGGCAGCCGGGGGCAGAAGGUGGGCACCUCUUCCAGGAUCUGGGCCUGCUUGCACUGCCCAGGGAGAAAGCUGCUCGCAUGGACCCGGCCAGCACCAAACCCCUGCACAGUGCGCGGCUCCCAGGUGACUACAGGGAUGUGGGGCAGCAGGAUCAGACCGCAGCCGUGGCUGCCCGGCCAUCCUCUGUACAGACAGAUGCCUCCCUGAAGAGACUGGCCUCCCUGCUGGCUAGCUACGGGCUGGGGCUGCCUGAGCUCAGUCCCCAGCAGCUCAGCAGUCUCUCUGCCCUUCUGCAGCUGCUACAAAGCUCCAGUGCUGCCAGCCCUGAAGCACCCACAGCAAAGCGGCUCAGUGCUCAGCAGGGUGCUGCUGGGCCACAGGUGUCAGAGGGGGACAUGCAGCAUGGAGAGGAGCCAGUACCACCCUCCUCCGCGGUGCCACCUCCCAGGGUCACAGCCAGCAGUGCCCCAGCACAGGGGCUGAGGGGCCGGGCAGCCACCUCGCCAGCCCCCCAGGCCCAGCCACAGAAGGGGCAUGGAGGCGACGAGACGAUGGCAGUGGAGAAGAAGAGCUAUGCAGAGGUGAAGGACGGCGGUGGGGCACAGCGGGGCACGCGGCCACCCGAUGAGUAUGGCUACAUCAUCACGGACCAGAAGCCACUGGGGCUGGCUGCUGGCGUGCGCCUGCUGGAGCUCCUGGCCAAGCGCGUGCACCUCUCCACCAUCAGCUUCAUCAACAUCAGCGUCGUGGGGCCCGCGCUCACCUUCCGCGUGCGGCACAACGCCCAGAACCUCUCGCUGGCAGAUGUGGCCAGCCGGGCUGAGCAAAUGAAGGCAGAGCUGGAGGCUGAGCUGGGCCUGAAGAUUGUACAGACGGGAGUGGGAGAGCGGAACGAGGCGGCUGUGUACCCACGCCCCUCUCACUUUGGGGACGGCUUCCACUCAGUGCUGCUCACCUUCAUCGCUCUGGCCUGCGUGGCUGGUGUCUCCAUCGCAGCCGCUGCAGCCUUCUGCCUCCGGCAGCACGCCAAGCAGCGGGAGAAGGAGCGCCUGGCUGCCCUGGGGCCUGAGGGGGCUGCCGACACCACCUUGGAGUACCAGGAGCUGUGCCGCCAGCACAUGGCCACCAAGUCGCUCUUUGGCCGUGCCGAGGCCCCUGCAGCACCAGCAGAGACGUCGCGAGUGAGCAGUGUCUCGUCGCAGUUCAGCGAUGCCCCGCAGCCCAGCCCCAGUUCACACAGCAGCACGCCGUCCUGGUGCGAGGAGCCUGUCCAGUCCAACAUGGACAUCUCCACUGGGCACAUGAUCUUGGCGUACAUGGAGGACCACCUCCGCAACAGGGACCGGCUGGCCAAGGAGUGGCAGGCGCUCUGUGCCUACCAGGCUGAGCCCAGCAUCUGCUCUGUCGCCCAAAGCGAAGCCAAUCUGAAGAAGAACCGCAACCCUGACUACGUGCCCUAUGACCACGUGAGGAUCAAGCUGAAAGCCGAGAGCAACCCGUCCCGCAGUGACUUCAUCAAUGCCAGCCCGAUCAUCGAGCACGACCCGCGGAUGCCGGCUUACAUCGCCACGCAGGGCCCGUUGUCCCACACCAUCGCUGACUUCUGGCAGAUGGUGUGGGAGCACGGCUGCACCGUCAUCGUCAUGCUGAGCCCGCUGGCUGAGGACAGCGUCAAGCAGUGCGACCGCUACUGGCCGGACGAAGGCUCCUCGCUAUACCACAUCUACGAGGUGAACCUGGUGUCGGAGCACAUCUGGUGCGAGGACUUCCUGGUGCGCAGCUUCUACCUGAAGAACGUGCAGUCUCAGGAGACCCGCACCCUGACGCAGUUCCACUUCCUCAGCUGGCCGGCCGAAGGCAUCCCCGCCACCACCCGGCCCCUCCUCGACUUCCGCAGGUGGGCCGGCUUCCAGGAGCUGAAGGAGACGGAACACUGGGACAUCCGCCCCUCCUGCAAAUACUUUGUCACCAGGAACUACUCCACGCUCAUUGCCUUCGCCGUCGGGGGCCGCUUCCAGCCGGGGAAUGGGUUCAGCCUGCUCGGAGCACACACCGACAGCCCCUGCCUCAGGGUGAAGCGACGUUCGAAGCGGGGACAGGUGGGCACAGUGCAGGUCGGUGUGGAGACCUACGGAGGGGGCAUCUGGAACACCUGGUUUGACCGUGACCUCACCGUAGCAGGAAGGGUGAUCAUAAAGGAGCCAAACACAGGGCACCUGGAGCAGCGACUGGUGUGCGUGGAACGGCCCAUUCUCCGCAUUCCCCAUCUGGCCAUCCAUCUGCAGCGCAGCAUCAAUGAGAACUUCGGACCCAACACUGAGCAUCACCUGGUUCCCAUUCUGGCUACUGCUGUGCAGGAGGAGCUGGAAAAAGAGCCAGCCAUGGAGCACACAGCCAGUGUUGCUGCAGCCCAGACAGAGCGGCACAGCCCUGUCCUGCUUUCCCUGCUCUGCUCACAGCUGGGAGUGAAACCAGAGCAGAUUGUGGAGCUGGAGCUAUGCCUGGCAGAUACGCAGCCAGCGACUCUUGGUGGUGCCUUUGAUGAGUUCAUCUUCUCCCCACGCCUGGACAACUUGCACAGCUGCUACUGUGCUCUGCAGGCACUGAUAGACUCAUGCACAGUUCCUUCCCUCUCCCAGGAGCCUAAUGUGCGCCUCAUUGCACUCUAUGACAACGAGGAGGUAGGGUCAGAGAGUGCGCAGGGUGCCGAGUCCCUUCUGACAGAGCUGGUGCUGCGCCGAAUCUCAGCAUCACCACAAAACCUGACAGCCUUUGAGGAGGCGGUGGCCAAGUCCUACAUGAUCAGUGCUGACAUGGCCCAUGCAGUGCACCCUAACUAUGUGGACAAGCAUGAGGAGAAUCAUCGGCCAGCCUUCCACAAGGGCCCUGUCAUCAAAGUGAACAGCAAUCAGCGCUACGCCUCCACAGCUGUCACUGAGGCAGUCAUCCGGGACAUCGCGGCCCGUGUGGGUGUUCCUCUGCAGGAAUUCAUGGUACGCAAUGACACUCCAUGCGGCACCACCAUCGGCCCCAUUCUGGCCUCCCGCCUGGGGCUGCGUGUGCUGGACAUUGGCUGCCCACAGCUGGCCAUGCACUCCAUUCGAGAGAUGUGCUGCACCUCGGGGGUGCUGCAGAGCAUCACUCUCUUCAAGGGCUUCUUUGAGCUCCUGCCAGUGGUCAGCAGCAGCCUGGUGGUCGACUGAGUGCGGUGGGAGAACGGUUGUGGGAUUCAUCUCUGAUUAAAGCAUCUCUGUCUCACCA